AUGUCGACAUCAACGGUAGUAGACGAACCAUGGCACAGCACCGUCGCUGGCGUAAUGGGAAAUGUGCUAGAGUGGUAUGAUUUCGCUCUCUUUGGUUACUUUUCCGAUGUGAUUGCCCAAGUGUUCUUUCCUCCUUCCGACAAUGACGAUGACGAUCACGCCAAUUUGGUCAAGUCAUUUUGCAUUUUUGGCGGUGCCUUUUUAAUGCGCCCCGUGGGAGGGUUACUCAUUGGGUAUGUCGGCGACAAGCACGGUCGCAAAGAAGCAUUGACCAAGAGUCUCUUUAUGAUGGCCAUUCCUACCACAUUGAUGGGAUGUUUGCCAACUUACAAAACGGCAGGAGGAUGGAGUAUUUUCCUACUCGUCGUCUGCCGAUUGGUGCAAGGUGUGAGUGUGGGUGGACAGCUGCCCGCGUCGCUCGUGUAUACCGUGGAAAAAAGAGAUCCUCAACAAUGGGGGUAUUAUGGUUCCUUGCCCAUGGUGGCGGCCAACGUGGGUACCCUAUUGGGAAAUUUGUGUGGAGCGUUUAUGCGACAAGUGCUUUCGGAAGAACAAUUGUUGUCGUGGGGAUGGCGAUUGCCCUUCUUUUCCGGGAUUCUCAUUGCUGCGGUGGCGCUGUAUUUAAAAGCCACGGGUGCCGACGUUCAUACCACAGCGGGGGUCUAUGACAGUGAAGAUUCCGCCAUUAAAAAUCCCAUUCGAGUGGCAUUGGCCAAAGAAAAUCGAUGGGCGCUCUUGAGUACCGCAUUGACGCCCAUGUUAUGGGCUUCUGGGUUUUAUGUGUCCUUUGUGUGGAUGGCAAUCUUCAUGGACGAAUUGAAUGAACCACCAGUCCCUGGGGCUUUUUGGAUUAAUGCUGUGAGUAUGCUCUUGGGCAUGACCUUUAUGCUGCCCAUUGCUGGAUCUAUGUCCGAUCGCGUUGGACGAGUUCCAAUCAUGACUUGUGCGGGUGUUGGCUUGGCGGCUUUGGGACCGGUCCUACUCAUUCUAAUCAGCAAAGGAAACCCCUUUUUGGCGUUCCUAAGUCAGUUUACACUGGGAGUGCUCUUGAGUUUCUUUGGUGGACCGCUCUGCGCGUGGCUCGUGGAAAACUUUUCUCCCGAAGUGCGUCUGACAUCUGCCAGUUUGGGAUACGAUUUGGCACAUGCCUUGGUGGGAGGAUUUUCUCCGGCCAUUGCUACGGCACUCUAUGUCAAUGUCGGAAAGUAUGCUCCUGGAUUGAUCUAUGUCGUUUUUGGCGUCAUUUCCGUCUUUGGCUUGUAUGUCCAACACUUUUGUGGUGAUGGAAUCCAUUGGGAGACAAGAAACAAAAAGGCAGCCGAGGAGGCAGCCACAGAAAUGCCACCUCAGGUUGGCCCUGAUCUGACCGACAAUUUGCCCGAGAUUGCAUAG